CGCUAAAUGUUCUCACAACGAGCUAGUGUCUACAGAGAUAAGACUGCAAAUUUAGCUUUAAUCGGAAGUUAUUAAAUCGGAAGUUUUUAUUUUAGGCGUUUUGCGGCGUCUAGAUUAUAAAACCUCAACCAGUUCGGACACAAUGAAGUACAUCAUUGGAAUAGGAGGUGUGACUAAUGGUGGUAAAACCACCUUGACGAACAGGUUAAUAAAAGCCUUACCAAACUGCUGUGUGGUUCACCAGGAUGACUUCUUCAAGCCUCCGGAUCAGAUAGCAGUCGGAGAGGAUGGCUUUAAACAGUGGGAUGUGAUUACAGCUUUGGAUAUGGAAGCCAUGGUGAACACCGUCAAGGGUUGGCUUGAAAACCCAAUCAAAUUCGCCCGUUCCCACGGUGUUCAAGUGACCCCAGCCACGGAAAUGGAUGACCCGGAGAGCCAAGUGCACAUACUCAUCGUAGAAGGCUUUCUGCUGUACAACUACAAGCCUUUGCUGGAAUUCUUUGACAAAUCGUAUUACAUAACCAUCCCAUACGAGGAGUGCAAGUUAAGGAGAAGUACAAGACAAUACACCGUCCCCGACCCUCCCGGGCUCUUUGACGGUCAUGUGUGGCCCAUGUAUCUGAAACACCGAAACUGCAUGGAGAACUGUGGUUUGCCAAUUGAAUACUUGGAUGGCUUUAAAACAAAAGAUGAAAUCUACAUCCAGGUUCACGAAGACAUCCACAACACUCUCCUGAAUCGUUUAUAGCAGGAGGAGGUUGCUGCCAAUCAUCUGUAUAAUAUUGUUAAUAGGAAUUUGACAUGUGGCCUUUUUUAACAUGUACUUUUGUAAAUAGUUUGACUGGAAUGUAACUUAAAUACUUGUGGAAAAACCUUCUUGAAUUACCAUUUGAGGACCAUAUUUUAAGUUUGUUUUUGCCAUUGUCUCUCAAAGCCCUCCUUUGUGACUUCUUCAUUCUGGAAAUGGUGUUUACCUCAUAAAAUGAAUUUCUGAAAUUUGUUAGCACCAAUAACCAUUGUACGUUGA